CGUCGGGGUCGGGACAAAUCUGUCAUAGCCACAUCCGAGAAAAUUACUCCAAAUUUCAAUCGAGCCAGUCGACUAGGGUUUCCAAAUUACAACAAGAAGCGAGUGUACGACUUGGUUCGUUCCAGGAAACCAACAGCUUGAAAAAGAGGGAGAUAUAUUUUGUUGGAAAUUUAGAGACUGGGCAUGUAUUCAAGAAGUGGAACUAAUCUUUUUAAGCAAUCAUCUAAUUAUGGAACGUGUAGCAUUUGAUUUAUUGGGGACACUCUCUUAGUGACACAAUACUCUAUUGUGUCCUAUUCGAGAAAGAUUACCUAUUGUGAUUUUCAUAUCCUUGCUUUCUGUUUCUCAUUUCUUAUUAUUUGCUCCUUCCACUCCAUUUUUUAGUGUGAGUGCUUUUAUUCUGGAAAGUAAUAUAGACUGAAUGUUUGGCCUUUUUCUUUUUUCUGGCAUCAGUCGUUGUCUAUAUUUCAAGAUAUUCACUGCUUCAUUGAUUUAGCGCCUGUUGAGCAUCAUGCUCCUCUUGAUUGCAAUUCAGCAUUCUCUCUGCCUGUUUCUGUUUGUACUACAUUUUGUCACCCCCUGUUUUAGAAUUGUUCACUUUGAAAACUCCUUGGAGCCAUACCUCAUGGAACCAAUUCAAUCAAGAUUCUUACUCUGGAGCUCCUUAUGGCCUUCCUUUUUGUUACCGCCUAUCCACAUUUUUCUUCUUUCUUUUGCAAAUGCUUCCGGCUUCUGCGCUUUUCUCAUAGGUGCAAUAGAAGCUUGUCUUGUUAGAGAUAUAAGAUGCCAAGGACAACGACCAGUUCUGCAGCUACUAAAUCAACUGAGCCUGAGAAUCCUGUUGAGACUGAAGAGCAGGUUGAACUUGGUGCCGACAACGACAUGGACGAGACCUUGGAGGAAGAAGUUGAGUAUGAAGAAGUAGAGGAAGAAGUGGAAGAAGAGGAAGAUGUUGAGGAGGUGGAAGAAGAGGAAGAUGUUGAGGAGGUGGAAGAAGAGGAAGAGGAGGAAGAUGGUCAUGGACAUGAUGCUCAAAAGGAGACUGAUGGUGAUGACGACAUGGAAAAUGGUGAAGGUGAAGGAGACUUGGAAAAAAAGCAUUCUGAGCUUCUUGCACUUCCUCCACAUGGUUCAGAGGUGUACCUUGGUGGGAUCUCUCAAGAUACUUCUGAAGAUGACCUGAAGCACUUUUGUGAAUCAAUAGGGGAAGUUACAGAGGUCAGGAUAAUGAAGGGAAAAGAUUCAAAUGAAAACAAGGGAUAUGCUUUUGUAACCUUUAGGACCAAGGAAUUGGCAUCUAAGGCUAUUAAGGAGCUUAAUAAUACUGAACUGAAGGGGAAAAGGCUGAAGUGUUCUACGUCUCAAGCAAAACAUAAGCUGUUCAUAGGUAAUGUGCCCAGAAACUGGGGAGAGGAGGAUAUGAAGAAAGUUGUGAAUAAAGUAGGGCCUGGGGUUGUCGCGGUGGAACUUUUAAAGGACCCACAAAACUCAAGUCGGAAUCGUGGAUUCGCAUUCAUUGAGUAUUAUAAUCAUGCUUGUGCUGAGUAUUCAAGACAAAAGAUGUCUAACCCAAAAUUCAAGCUUGAUGAUAAUGCUCCAACUGUGAGCUGGGCUGAUCCAAAAAGUGCUGAAUCUUCUUCUUCUCAGGUCAAAGCAGUCUAUGUGAAAAACUUGCCAAAAGAUAUUACUCAGGAUCAGCUUAAGGAAUUGUUCGAACGGCAUGGGAAGAUUACAAAAGUUGUUCUUCCUCCAGCAAAACCUGGACAAGAAAAGAGCAGAUAUGGUUUUGUUCACUUUGCUGAAAGAUCAAGUGCCAUGAAAGCUCUUAAGAACACAGAGAAAUAUGAGAUUGAUGGACAAGUAGUAGAAUGUUCACUUGCAAAACCACAGACAGAUCAGAAAACGACAGGGGGGUCAAAUUCACAUAAGGCGGCAAUAUUUCCAACUUACCCCCCUCGCAUGGGAUACGGCUUGGUUGGAGCCCCUUAUGGUGCUCUAGGUGCAGGAUAUUCGGGUGCAAACUUUGCUCAACCCCUAAUCUAUGGAAGAGGAGCUGCCCCUGGCAUGGCUAUGGUGCCAAUGCUUCUGCCUGAUGGGAGGAUUGGAUACGUACUGCAACAGCCUGGAGUGCAGCCCCACACCCCACCACAGCAAAGAGGUGGCCGCAGCGGUGGGGGAGGAAGUUCAAGCGGGGGAAGACGUGGUAGUGAUAGUGGACGUGGACGUGCUCGCUAUCAUCCUUAUUAGUUAGAUAUUAAUUGCAAGCAACCUCAGCAACGUCUGCUGUUCUUUUUCUUUCUUCUCCAUGUUUCUUUUUCCUUCUUUUAAAGAGGAAUGUUGCUGGUCGCCCGACUUCUCCCCAAGGUGGUGACUAUCAGCUUCCAGUAUCCAAGUGGAGAGGCCAGGAAUCUACUGCUCUAGUGACUUUAGCGCCCGGAAGAUUAUUCCAUGCACCUUGCCCCAAACAGUUGUUUGUAUUGGCACGGGGCUGAAAACUUUGAUAUGUUGCAAAUAUAGAAAAUGGAUCUAGGGAUGUAGUAACUUUCAAGAUUGUAGUCAGUUGAAAGCUUUUUUCUGGACAUCUGCGUGUGUUCCUAUGUCAAUUGUCCUUAAAGUCUGCGAUUCCGUUGUAUUUUCCCAUUCAUAAUCAAAUUAUUACUGUUA